UUCAUUAGUUUCACUAUCUAAAAUUUCUUUCAUUCUUCUUCGUCUUCGUGCUUUCUCUUCACUUUGAACGUGAGAAAAACAGAGAGAUUUUCUUCGAAAUCAACAAGAAGAUGGCUAUGCGAUCUUUACCUUCUUCCUCUUCUUCUUCAUCUUAUUCACUCGCUUCUACAAGUUUGAGUAAUAGACUGGAGACCAUCUUCAAGAAAGCUUCCGAGCUUUGCACUCUCUGUGAUAUCAAAGCCUGUGUCAUCUAUUACGGACCAGACGGAGAACUUAAGACAUGGCCUAAGGAGCGGGAGAAAGUGAGAGACAUUGCUCUUAGGCUUCGUUUUGUUGAGUCGCAGAAACACAAGGAGACAAAACCGGAUCAUCAGAGUUUAGCAUCUUCCUCUCUGAAUCAGCAGACCCAAUCUUUGAACCCUAGCCAGUUCUCGCUAUUUAUGUAUAACCAUGGAGAUAAUACUCUCUCUCAAAUCCCAGUCUCUGCAUCAAAUUUCAAUCAGGAUUUCUCAGCGUUACUUCAACAAUCUGAGUUUAAGAAUCAGUUAGUGAAGCAGGAGCUUUGUGGUUAUGAUCAGAACAUGUGUAUGAGUAACAUUACCAACAACAGUUUCCAACAUCCUUGCGUCUCAAACAAAGAACAUUACUCGGCGGUACAAGAAUCUGUAAAUAACUAUGAGUUGAAUCAGUUGAUGCAGAAGGAGCUUUAUGGUUGUGAUCAGAAGCUAAGUAACAUCAAUAGCAACAAUUUUCAACAUCCUUGCGUCUCAAACACACAACAUAACUCGGCGGUACAAGAAUCUUUGGAUAACUAUGGGUUGAAUCAGUUGAUGCAGCAUGAACUUUACGGUUUUGAUCAGAACUUGUGUACGAGUGAUAUUACCAACAGCAACGUUCCAAAUCCUAGCCUCUCAUAUGAGUUAGGUUCUGAUUUUCAUGACUCUUGUGGUAAUAUGGUAGGUAACACUAGCUUCUCUCAAGAUAUUUCCACCGACACAAACCACACCAUUUCGGAGCUCAACAAAUCUGCUUCGCUCAAUAUCAGGAGGUUCAGCUACAAAGAGAACAGUCGACCUGUCACCUUUCACAGCUUUCCAUAUAUACCUGCCCUGGAAGAGCUAAAACUAGUCAACUUAAAUAUCCAAAAACUGUCAGAUGGGAUUGGUCACUUGGAAUUCUUAGAAAAACUGGAUCUCAGCGGAAACGAUUUUGAGAACUUACCAGAAGUUAUGAAUAGACUUGCCCGGUUGAAAACUCUCUGUCUUCGAAACUGCAGCAAACUGAAGGAAUUGCCAGAGCUAACUCAGGUGCAGUCACUCACUCUUUCCAACUGUAGGAGCCUCAGAUCAUUGGUAAAACUCUCUGAUGCAAGUCAAGAUCCGGGCAUAUACUGUUUGCUUGAGCUUUGCCUUGACAACUGCAAAAAUGUGAAGUCAUUGUCAGAUCAGCUUAGUCACUUCACCAAGUUGACAUAUUUAGAUCUCAGCAGCCAUGACUUUAAGACACUAUCAUCAAGUAUCAGAGAUCUUACCUCAUUGGUAACUCUCUGCCUCAAUAACUGCAAGAAACUCAAAUCACUGGAAGAACUUCCACUGAGCCUCCAGUUUCUAGAUGCACAGGGUUGUGAUUCUCUUGAAGCUGAUGCUUUAGAACAUUUUAUAGAGAGACUAAACAAAGAGGUACCAGCACAGCCGUGUAGUGCUCGCUUCCAAGAAACGGAGAUGCCGAGUUACGAACGGGAUCACCAAGCCACAAAAAGUCGCCUACCAAAGUUCCUAUGCUGCUCACAUUUCUAGUCAUUCCUACAUGUCAUGCUUAUGAUUGUUUUCAGUAUUGAGUCAAGUGAAGUAACAGAUUAGAGAGAAUGAAGCAUUAGUAUCUGAUUGUUGUUGUUUAUCUAUACUCAGUAGCUGAGUAAUAGACUCAAACUUCAAUC